UGAGGUCCAAGACCGCCAAGACGUACUGAAGCGUACAGAGAAUACAUGUUAUAGAAUAUUGGUAUGGUGGAGGCCCUUGGUAGGCUUGGUAGGUCGUGUAAAUUAUUGGAAUGGUGAAAGGAAUAGUAAGAUUCUUGGAUAAUGGUCAAUGGGGAACCAAAAGUUGAGGAAAUCCUAAUGGGUUCUGAUGGUGGUGUAUAGCACACAGAAUUACUAAAUGGCACUUGUAAAACAAUUCAGAAAAAUUUACUAAGAAAUAGUGAGCAACUAUUACAAUAAGGUUUAUUUGUAUAAAUUUAUUUCGUGUCGUUCGUUGUAUGCAGAUGAAAGAAUGUUACCAAAAGUUGGCUACAGUGAAAAUUUUGUGCAAAUGAUGCGCUAGCGAGAAGGCUGUGGUUGAGUGACAGGUAACAGGUGAUGGAGUGUUACGUAAAAAUAAAUAAAACCUACUUCGUAAAAUUUAGUUAGACAGUUCAUGCAGUCUGAUGAUAUAUUCAGAAGAAACAACCCGCACCUAUUACAUCCACCAGACUGAAUAAGUAUCUUAUCGCCACCAACAAUGGCUUCAGGCAGAGGUUACGGGAGUCUGAAUAAGCAUGUCGCGUUAGCGCAUGGACUAAAUUCAGGUAUAACAGCGACAGCAAAAUUGACGAAAAUGAAGAAAGAAGAAAGACAACCAUUGCUUCUCAGCAGUGCAGAACCUCUUAAUGACACGUAUGAUAAAGGGUCGAUCCCAAGGCCUGAUGUCCGAACAUCACCAGAUAGCAUGAUAGUUCACCUUCCAGGUCCUCUGGAGUCUGGUGGUAUGGUGGACAUGAAGCCAUCCUAUGGGCACAGUGCAGGAGAUAGCGCAUAUAAUCCGAUUCUCAACCGAGAGCUUGAACAUCCUACCUCGAAUUUGGAUACAAUGAUCCAUUUAUUGAAGGGGAACAUAGGAACGGGAAUUCUGGCCAUGCCAGAUGCAUUUAAAAAUGCAGGACUUGUCAUUGGAACCAUGGGGACUUUACUCAUGGGCAUCAUCUGCACUCACUGCAUGCACAUGUUGGUUAAAUGUUCUCAUGAAUUGUGUCAACGGAUUCAAGUUCCAGCUUUGGGCUUCUCUGAAGUGUGUGAAACUGCAUUUGAGACUGGGCCACCAAAUCUAAGAAAAUACUCUCAAGCUGUGAGGAUAAUUAUUAAUGUAUUCCUGUGCAUUACUCAGCUUGGAUUCUGCUGUGUUUAUUUCGUUUUUGUGGCAGCCAACUUAGAAGAGGUUAUGAAAUACUUCUUUGGCUUCAACCUUAGUGUACAUUACUAUCUGUUGAUGCUGUUACUGCCCAUGAUUCUUCUGAACUGGGUGAGGAACCUCAAGUUUCUCACCCCUGUCUCACUGUUUGCUGCUGUCAUCACCGUUACUGGCCUGGGUAUUACGUUCUUCUACAUGCUACAGGGUCUGCCUCACACUUCCACUGUGAAGGCUUUUGCUGGUUGGAAGCAGUUGCCACUCUAUUUUGGGACUGCCAUAUAUGCCUUUGAAGGCAUUGGUAUGGUUUUGCCCCUGGAAAACAAUAUGAAAAAUCCUCAAGAUUUUGGUGGCUGGACAGGAGUUCUCAACACAGGAAUGGUGAUAGUUGCAGCCCUGUAUACAUCAGUUGGUUUCUUUGGUUAUCUGAAGUAUGGGGAUAAGGUUCAGGGCAGUAUUACACUCAAUCUUCCACCAGAUGACAUUUUGGCUCAGUCUGUACGUUUGAUGAUGGCUCUGGCAAUAUUCUUGUCAUAUGGACUGCAAUUCUAUGUUCCAAUGAACAUCAUUUGGCCAUUGGUCAGGCCCCAUCUUCAAAGUGAGCAAGCCCAGAUGUUUGGUAACUACUUCCUCAGGACCUGUUUAGUAGUGUUCACAUUUGCUCUUGCCGCUAUGAUUCCAAACUUGGGUGCAGUUAUUUCACUAGUUGGAGCAGUAAGCAGUUCCACAUUGGCUCUUGUCUUUCCUCCCAUCAUUGAGAUCAUCACCUUCUGGCACAAAGGAUUUGGAAAGAAGAGUUGGAUCCUCUGGAAAGAUAUUUCAAUUAUGAUCUUUGGUCUGGUAGGUUUUGGUUUUGGUUCAUAUGUCAGUGUUUGGAAUGUUGUCCAUCCUGAAACUGAAUGAGAAGCCUAAUAUUUAGGCUACUUUAUUUAUAGGUUAUGGUGUUUUAAGAGCAUUGAAUUGAAAUAAUGAAUGCCAGAGAAAUCUAAAUGGUCUAUAUUAGAUUUUUUGUUGGCAUUAAAUGUAUUCAGCUACAUUUAGGACAUAAGUCCAAUUUAAAUUGACAUUCCUUCAUCAGUAUUUAUAUCCUGAUGUUUUUAAUUGGUUUAAUUAUGAAUCCUAUAAUGAAAUUCUUU